AUGACAUCGCUCUUUGUUUUCAGUACAGUAAUAUUUCUAAUCUUUCACUCAACAUUUGCUCACGUCCAUAGUCAUAUCGACUGCCGUUGCCCCCGAUUCACCGAAUCCUACUCAAUCGAAGGUUCCUUCUCCAUUGAUCUCUACGCAACCCUAGGACCCGUAGAUCACAUCGACUACAGUAACCAAUGCACGAAUGUCCGAGUAACCUGCACAUCAUUCUCCCCUCAAUGGGAUUCUGACGGAUGGGCGGUGUAUAAUGGAACGAUGACGUCAUUGUUGAGUGGGACGUCGAGAAUCUGGUGUGGAGAUGGGGCGGAGUGGAAUGUUGAGAUGAAGAAGGGAGGGGGAGAGACACAGAUAUGGACUGAUGUUUCGGUGUACUGUCAGAGUUAUCGGGCGAGAUGA